CCAAGAGUGUUCGGUAGGUCGAUUUGAAUAAUUUUUUUUAAUUUUUUAGAUUUCAUGCUUAGUCUUAAAAGAAAUAGAAAAGAAAGCUUAUAAAAAAUACCAUGUGAUCAUGAUUCAGUAUAUGACCCCCAUUAUCGGUUUGUUUCACCAUCUAUAAAUUCUAGGAUGCUUCACUCUUCUCAUCACAAUCUGUCUAUCUCUCUCGUGAUAAAAUUUGUGUUUAUUGUCCUCAAUGGAUCCUUCUCAAAUUGGUACGGAUAUGCUUGCUGCUGACCUCUCCAUGGAGAAUGACAUUCUGGUUGCUCAAGACAUUCCACUUGACGAUGCAGCUGAUCCAACAACCAAAGUUUUGGUGGGUAAGGUAUUUCUCCCUGGCUCUCUUCCUCUUCAACGUUAAAGGGAUCGUUUGGUUACCUUGGGCCAUAUUCGUAAUGGGUUAACUAUUGACUUUUUUAUGGAAGAUCUCUUUUUACUAACCUUUGGCUCUGCUGCGGAGAAAGUUCGAAUUUUGGAAGGCCAGCCAUGGCAUUUUUUGCAGAGGCAUAUAGUGUUGGCUGAACUUCCUCCUUUUGAACAGAUCAUUUCUGCGAAUGUUCGGCUAGUUCCUUUCUAGGUACAGAUUCAUAGAUUACCAAUUAGAAGAAAUACUGAAGCCAUGGGUGUCAUGCUCGGUAACUAUAUGGGGACUUUUGACAAAUAUGACGACUCCACACGCUUUCGCUUUCUGCGCAUUCGUGUUCUUCUGGAUGCUUACAAGCCACUGCUUAGAGGUAAAAGGAUUCAAUUUGAGGAUUCCCAAAACAGUUUGUGGGUGGACUUUAAAUAUGAAAGACUUGCUGAAUUCUGUGAAUUUUGCGGACGUAUUACCCACAAGACGGAUGAAUGCCCUGCUGUUCUCAAUCUACAAGAACAGGGACUUCCUGUUGAACGUACCUAUUUUCCUUUGAUCCGAACUGCUGGUCUCCCUCCAAUUGCUCUCCCCAGGCCUCCAGUGGCACGCCCCUAUCAACAAAAUCCUAUGAUAAUUCCGUCUCUUCCUGUGGUGCUUCCAGGAAACAAUGAAGUCCCUGCUAUUGUUUCUGGGGUUGUUGGAUCUGCUCCUUCCACUAUUAUCCAACCAACUUUGAAAUCCGAUAAAGGAAAAGGAAAGCUUGUAAUUGCAUCUGAGUCUUCUACUAUAACUAAGUCAUUGGAUAUGGCUCUAACUCAACAGGGGUCGAAUACUGGAAAUACUACUCAACUAAUCCAUCCACUAUCACUCUCUCCUAGUAAACACUCCCAAGAAAGAACUAAAUACCUUGGUAUGGAUAAAGGCAAAGCUAAACUUGUUGAUGAAACUUCACCAACUAAUACUAUUGGAACUACUCCAGACAUCAUUAUUGCUAAGAGACUGAAAGCUAAUGAAGAUACCGUCACUACUAAAAAAUACAAGAAAUAAAUUGUAUUCUGCAUUACUGAAUUCUUCUGUGGUUUUCUGUUGUCCUUUUAUUAGUUUAGUACUUUCUUAUUUCCAUCUUAUCUUUUUUAUGUUAAGUCUAUGUUUUUCAGUUCUUGUUGGUGCUGUAAUGGCUG